CUUUCUCAACCCUUGAGUCACCUCCUGAGUGCUUCCCUCCCUGAUGGAGUCACAGGCACACACCUGUUCUCAGGUGCCUGCUCCCUAAAGCAGGAAGAUGCAGAGCCGGGCUGCCUGAUUUCAACACCUUUGAAGAUGAGAGAGCAGGCACAGGACCCAAGACUGCCGGGGAGGUCGGCCCCUGGUUCACCUGCUUGUGGAACAAUGUCUUCUCAGCAACACCAGCAGCAGCAGCAGUGCCCACCACAACAGGCCCAGCAGCAGCAGGUGAAGCAGCCUUGUCAACCACCUCCGACCAAAUGUCAAGAAAAGUGUCCAUCCAAGAACAAGGACUCGUGUGCUCCCCAAGCCAAGAAACAAUGCCCUCCCAAGGGCACAGCUGCUCCAGCCCAGCAUAAGAAUCCUGCCACCCAGCAAACCCACAAGAGUAAACCAAAGUAAACAAGGAUGACAGUCACCACCUCCCUGCCAUGCAUCCCGGCUACUGUCCUACUCCUGCUGCUCUACCCUCCAGCUCCAAGAUUUUCCAUCUUCUCCCACCUCCUCCAGGCUAGGAUUCAAUAAAGCAUUCUGCAGA